AUGUCUUUGGACGUUAUUAACAUUGCAAAAAUAUCCGAGGGCGGGUCAUCCGAGCCCCAAAUCCAGGCCAGAAUUGACCUUUAUAAGACAUGGGACAUUCCGUCCGGGUCGAAGAUCCUUGAAAUCGGCUGCGGGCAGGGAGAUUGCACACUGGUGAUGGCCUACUUGGUGGGAGAGAAGGGUCAUGUCACGGCAAUUGACCCAGCACCCCUGGACUACGGUGCGCCCAUGACUCUGGGCGAGGCCCAAGAUAGGCUGAAGCAAACUGAGAUCGGGGACCGAAUCACCUUUCAUCAAUCAGAUGUCGAAAGCUUCCUCAAGUCCAGCGAUUCAGAGCCGCUUUAUGACUACGCCGUAUUUGCGCGCUCAACAUGGUAUAUCCCAUCCGCCGAAGCGUUGACCCCACUGCUGGUAGCUCUCCGCGGCAGAGUGAAGUACCUCCGCAUUGCGGAGUACUCAACCGACAUCCAAGGCGAUAUCGCCGCCCUGCCACACUUGCUCGCGGCGAUCUCACAAGCGGAAUACAACUCCAGAGACGGUAAUUUGGAUCGCGAUGAUAAUAUCCAGUCGAUUAUAUCCCCGCAGAAGUUUCGUGAAGUGGCGGCUGAAGCGGGGUGGACGUUUGAGAGAGAAGACGUUAUUAAAUCGCCGGAGGAUCAAGAGGAUGGGAAAUGGGAGGUUAGUCGUGUUUUGUCGCAGGCUUAUCGUCUUCGGUCGCGGGGAUCGGGUGGUGGUAGUCGUCAAGAGUACGCGGAUGCAUUGAUUAAUGCUGUUGAGGAGAGCAAGCGUGCACUUGGGCCGGAUCCGAAGUUCAGAACUUUACCUACUUGGCUGGGUUCGUGGGCGUGA